GACAUUUGCGACUAAAUUGCGACGAGUAUCAAAUUAUUAUAUCUCUAUUAUUGUUUUGUUAACAUUUUCCUCACACUUGUGUACACUCACUUGUUUUAAAUUUAUGUACUAUGUCUUUUAUAUAUUUUUAAAGUAAUUUCAAUUUAAAAUGAUAGUGUUAGCGCACAAACAUCACGUUAAAUGAAUUUUAAUUUUUGACAAAUUUUUGACUAAGUAUUCAUUUUAGUCUUAUUUAUUAAUUUACUAACGAUAUGGAUCUCAACGAAGAGUCCAUUCAUUCAUUAAAUAACACACCCAGUCUGCCCAGUCAACAAGAAUAUAAAGACAACAUGUCGAAUGUAGAUAUAGAAUUGAGGGAAAAAAAUAAUUCUGAUGUGAGUGUCAGAGUUUCAACGUCAAUUAUUGCCAAUGAAAUAGAAAAUAACCAAAGCGCUGAAUUGUUGUCUCGCACUCCACAUCGGCAUAAUAUAAUGGAGAAUAUCCCUUCAACACCACACACCAUGCAGUUCCAUUUAUCUGGGGAGGUUACUCUAACUCCCACUCACCGAUCAUUUACACCACAGAUUCAGUCUGGAAACCCUCACAGUUCUAUGACUGCUAUUACUCCAAUGGCAAGUGCAGUUAGUCAAGCAAAAAGUAGUAUUAAAUUUCAAAAUUGUGUUUCAACAGUUAGCUUAGGCUGUGAAUUAAAAUUAUUAGAUAUAUAUUGUCGGACAAGGUUUUCUGAAUAUAAUCCUGCAAGAUUUCAUGGAGUAGUUAUGAAAAUAUUAGAACCACGUGCCACUGCUUUAGUAUUUAGGUCUGGAAAAAUAGUAUGCACAGGAGCCAAAAAUGAACAUGAUUCUUAUAUAGCUGCUAGAAAGUUUGCAAGAAUUAUUCAAAAACUAGGGUUUCCGGCAAAAUUCCUUAACUUUAAAGUGCAAAAUUUUAUUGCAACUGCAGAUUUAAGAUUUCCAGUUAGAUUAGAAGCUCUACAACAAGCACAUGGUCAGUUCACAUCAUAUGAACCGGAGCUGUUUCCAGGUUUAGUGUAUAGAAUGAUACGGCCAAGAGUGGUCCUACUAAUAUUCGUAAAUGGAAAACUUGUUAUUACAGGUGGGAAGACAAGAAAUGAAAUUUUUGAAGCACUAGAUAUAAUACAUCCAAUACUUAGAAGUUUUAAGAAAAAUUAAAUGUUAACAAUAUUAUUUAUUUAUUCCAUAUUCGAAUUUAAUGUUAUCAAUUGAAAUUUAAUAUUAAAUCUCAAUUUAAAAAAUAUUGCUUUUUCUUCGAUUUACUAUCUUGUAUAACAGUGUAUUAACAUGCCUAUAUACUGAUUGUACUGUGAAUGAAGACGAAGGGUUUUUAGACAUUAAUUUGUAACAUUAAGUAUACACUUCUUAACCAAAUUAAAGCAAACUGAGAUUACUGUUCAACCAACUACAAAAUAAGGAGGAGGUUCUUGUUGUAUUAUGAAAAUGUUAUAAUCUGUUAAAUAAUGAUUGAAUGAAACAACUUGUGGCGCCAUAAAAGUUUCCA